UAACAUUUUCUCAAUAUACGCAUUGAUUUAAGAAAUACUGAAUAAAUUUGGGGGAUACAGCAUAAAAUAACACAGAUUUUACAUUAAAUUUUAGUUAGUGUCUAAAGUUCUAGUGAGAUAUCGACAUGAAGUUUUUGAUUUUAUUAUCCGGGUUAAUGUCCCUUGCUGCAUCUCAACAUUACUUCCCUCAUGCAACUAUCGGUCACGAUGGCCACCCAUUAGAAACCCCCGAAGUCCAACAGGCCAAAUCCCAUCAUUUCGCAGCCCAUGCCUCUCGUGGUGGUCAUUUAGCUUACCACCCGCAUCAUAACGGACAUUACAACGCCCAUCCAGUUUAUACCCCUGAAGUAGCUUCUGCAAGACAACAACAUUUCCACGAUUAUGCGAUGGCCGCUCAAAGAAAUGGAGUUCAAGUUCCACAUUAUCACCCCGCUGCGCAUCAUCAGUAUCCUGUUGACACACCAGAGGUGCAGCACGCUAAAAUGUUGCAUUUUGCUGCACAUGCCAGAGCUAGAGGACUUCAUUACAGAAGGAGGAGGUCCACAUUUGGUUAUGGUCAGAAUUAUGAGGUGCCUAGAAUCUCUCAUCAAGGGGUGCCUUUAGACACUCAAGAAGUUGAAGCCUUAAAAUCUAAACAUUUCCAAGCUCAUAAUGAAGCGUUGCAGCGUAAUGGUCAUGUUAGGUCUUAUCAAGGAGCUAAUCCUUCACAUUACCAAGGACAAUAUUCAUCCCACCAAGGAGUGAAUCCAAAUUAUUACAACAAUCAAGAUUUUUAUAACAAUGGACCUUAUGGCGCAUCUUCUAAUCAUUUGGCAUUUACAUCUCAGCCCAUUCAUUUUUAUACUGGAAAUGUUGGUGCUGCUGGUGGUUAUCCUGUAGAAACACCUGAGGUGCAAGCUGCUAAACACGCUCAUUUUGCUGCCCAUGCAAGAGCUAGAGGAUAUUAGAUAAAAAAUAAUUGUUAAUAAUAUUUUAUAAUUUUAGAUAUUUGUUACAAUAAACAAUCUUACCAUUUUUGAAAUAUUAUUA